CGGCGCCUCGGUGAGAGCCCACCAUGGUGCAGCAAGCGGAGAGUACGGAGGCGGAGAGCAACCUGCCCCGGGAAGCAAUGGACACAGAAGAAGGAGAGUUCAUGGCUUGCAGCCCCGUCGCUUUGGACGAGAGCGAUCCGGACUGGUGCAAAACGGCGUCGGGGCACAUAAAGAGACCGAUGAACGCGUUCAUGGUGUGGUCUAAGAUCGAGAGGAGAAAAAUCAUGGAGCAGUCCCCGGACAUGCACAACGCGGAGAUCUCCAAGCGCCUGGGCAAGCGGUGGAAAAUGCUGAAGGAUAGCGAGAAAAUCCCGUUCAUCCGGGAGGCGGAGAGGCUGCGGCUCAAGCACAUGGCCGAUUACCCCGACUACAAAUACCGGCCCAGGAAAAAGCCCAAAAUGGACCCAUCGGCCAAGCCCAAUGCCAGCCAAAGUCCGGAGAAAAACGCACCCACCAGCAGCGGCGGCAGCAAAAGCGCCAAGAGCUCCAGCAAAAAGUGUAGCAAGCUGAAAGCCUCCUCCGCCUCCUCGCCCCCCAAGCCGGGAGCCAAAGCCGCCCACCAUGGGGACUACGCGGGGGACGAGUAUGUCUUCGGCACCCUGAAAGUGAGCAGCAAGACGGUCAAGUGCGUCUUCAUGGAUGAGGAGGAUGACGAGGAGGAGGACGAAGACGAGCUGCAGCUGCGGAUCAAGCAGGAGGCGGAGGAUGAGGAGGAGGACGAGGAGCCGGGGCCGCAGCAGCUGCGGCGAUACAAUGUGGCCAAAGUGCCGGCGAGUCCCACCUUGAGCUCCUCGGCGGAGUCCACCGAGGGGGCCAGUCUCUACGAGGAGGUGCGGAGCGGCACUGCUGCUGCGGGCGGCGGCAGCAGACUCUACUACAGCUUCAAGAACAUCACCAAGCAGGGCCCGCAGCCGCCGCAGCAGCCGCCCGGUCUCUCCCCGGCCUCCUCCCGGUCCAUUUCCACCUCUUCGGCCGGCAGCGAGGAGGCGGACGACUUGCUCUUCGACCUCAGCCUCAACUUCUCUCAGCACGGCCACGCCGCCGCCGAGCUGGGAGCGGGUGCCGCCGCCGGGAACCUCUCCCUCUCGCUGGUGGACAAGGACCUGGACUCCUUCAGCGAGGGCAGCCUCGGCUCCCACUUCGAGUUCCCCGACUACUGCACCCCGGAGCUGAGCGAGAUGAUCGCGGGCGACUGGCUGGAGGCGAACUUCUCCGACCUGGUGUUCACGUACUGAGCGGCGGAGAGGAGCGGCGGAGCCGGAGCUGCGCGACGCCGGCGAUGAUGAUACGAUGAUGAUGCUGAUGAUGAUAAUUAAAAAAAAAAAGUCUUGUUUUCUUUAAAAAAAAAAAAAAUCUUGAAGUUAGUUCCGAGCCCGGGAGUUGUGAUUUUAUUUUCUUUUUUUUUAACUUUUUUAUUAUUUUUACUUUUUUUUAUUGCAUUUGGUGAUCACAACAACAACAGCAAAGGCAAAUGGGACUGGGGGAAAAAUUGAUACAGAAGGCGCUGUUCGAAGCUUGUCGGUCUCUGAUUGAAGUCUGGAAGAUGGUCUGCAAAGAAGUCUUGUGGCAGCACAACUGUUACUCAAGGGGGUUUGUGGAUUUUUUAUUUUUUUUUUUUUCCCGUGAGAGAUCUUGAAGAACUGUUCUAUUUUUUUUAUUAUUAUUUUUCCGAAAGGGACCAUUGCAACUUUUUUUGGAGGGAGAAAACUGAUGUCUUCUAUGCAUCCGAUUCUUAACAAAGCUGCAGGGAGCUUGAAAAAAUGCAGACUGUACAAACGCUUACAAAUAACUGAACUGACUUAAGAUCAGAGUUUACUUUUCAGAUCAAAUUGUUUAUGGUUUUACAAAUGUGAUUUCUACUUGCCAACUUUUUUUUUUUUUGUAACUUGUUCCCUUAUACCUCCUUGAUUGAAUACCAGACAGCCUAGACCUCAGUACAAAAAGGUAUUGAAACAUUUUUGAUACAUAACAGACCUCAGUCUUUUUUAAAAAUUAAUAUAUUUUCAGGCGUAUUUUUGUACAGUGAAAAGGGAACAUUCUUGCUGUGUUUUUUCAGUAAGACUUUUCAGGCACUUCUUCCCUUUUAUUUUCUUUUAUUUUCUCUGUUUUUAGCAUGCAAGUUUGUUGGUACGUUACGUCCUGGUUUUAAAAGGAUUAAAAUUUUAAAAAAAUAAUCCUUGCAUCUAAAGGCCUUGUGGUUUUAAAAAGAAAAAAGAAACAAACACUUUUUUUGUACAGCUAUAGUUCAGAUUUGUUCAAUAUUUGUAGGUAAAGAUUUAUUGAAAAUGGUGAUAUAGACCUCAGAGCUGUUAUCUUAGUUUAAAAGAUUGUAUAUGUACUGUACUAUAGUAGGACUUUAUGUAUCUCAUACGCUGUGAUAUGUGGAUGGGGCCCCAGAUGGAAGGUAUGAAACUGGAUUCUCGAUUUUAGCAAAAAAAAAAAAAAAAGAAAAGAAAAAAGG